AUGGGGGAGAGGCGGGUCAAGUAUCUUCGGUUGACCGCCCUCCGUCAAGAGGGCAACGAAGUGGGUGCCCUGGCUCAAGUGUUCUGGUCCCUGGCUGAAGGCCUGGGAUACAAUGAUGCGGCCCUUAAGGACCACUUCAAUGGCGGCCUGGAUGAUCCAGUGCCUCAGGCAGAGAUGGAGCAGUUAGAGACGCUGGAGAUCUGGGAAUUCGUGCGCUACCUGCAGUUUCGGUGUCGCCCAGCGCCACAGCACGAGAUGGCCGCCAGCCCAGCGCCACAGCACAAGAUGGCCGCCAGCCCAGCGCCACAGCACGAGAUGGCCGCCAGCCCAGCGCCACAGCACAAGAUGGCAGACUCAAAGCCUGAGUCUCCAGAUAAGGUGCACAAUGCUGUCCCGGAGGUAGAGGCGGUGCACGAUGCUGUCCCGGAGGCAGAGGCGGUGGCCAAUGCUUUUCCGGAGGCCGAGGCAGUGCCCGUUGCUGUUCUGGAGGCCGAGGCGGUGCCCGAUCCUGUUCUGGAGGCCGAGGCGGUGCCCGAGGCUGUUCCCAAUGCAGUUACCGAGGCGGUGCCCGACGCUGUUCCAGAGGCCGAGCUGGUGCCCGAGGUAGAGGCAGCGCCCAUUGCUGUUCCAGAGGCCGAGGCGGUGCCCGAGGCCGUUCCCGAGGCAGUUACCGAGGUGGUGCCUGAGGCUGUUCCGGAGGUCGAGGUGGUGCCCGACGCUGUUCCAGAGGCCGAGGUGGCACCUGAUGCCGAGGCGGUGCCCGAGGCUGUUCCAGAGGCCGAGGCGGCGCCCGAUCCAGUUCUGGAGGCCGAGACGGUGCCUGAUGCCAAGGCGGCGCCCGAUCCAGUUCUGGAGGCCGGGGCGGUGCCCGAGGCUGUUCCCAAUGCAGUUACCGAGGCGGUGCCCGACGCUGUUCCAGAGGCCGAGGUGGUGCCCGAGGUCGAGGCAGCGCCCAUUGCUGUUCCAGAGGCCGAGGUGGCACCC